AUGGCCCGCCUGGGCGAGACGCAGCUGUUCGCCGGCCUCCGCCUGCCGGGCCACCUGCACACGCAGCAGUCCCUGCGCGCCGCCAGCGCCUUCCCCUUCCGCCCCUCCGACGUGCUGCUGGUCACCUACCCCAAGUCAGGUACCACUUGGAUGCAGGAGAUUCUGACCUUAAUCUACAGCAAGGGAGACCCGGAGCCGGCCAAGAGCAUCCCCAACUGGGCCCGAGCCCCCUGGCUAGAGCACACCUACUUCAAGGAGUUUCUCCAGGAGACCGAAGGACCACGACUCUUCACCACCCAUCUCCCCUGGCGGGUGUUGGCAACUGCCCUGAGGAAAGCCAAGCCCAAGGUGAUCUAUUUGGCCAGAAACCCCAAAGAUGUGGCCGUGUCUUUCUACCACUUCUGCAGGAUGGCCAACUUUUUCCCAGACCCUGGAACCUUUGAUGACUUCCUCCUCUGUUUCUUGGACGGCACUGUGCACUACGGCUCCUGGUUCAAGCACGUCAAGGGCUGGCUUAGCUGCCAGAAGGAGAUGAACCUUUUCUACGUCACUUAUGAGGAGCUGCACCAGGACUUGGGGGGCUUUCUGGAGCGGCUGAGCGCCUUCCUGGGCUGCCCUCUGCAACCGGGCCAGAUGGAAGCCAUUCAGGAGCACAGCAGCUUCGCCUCCAUGAGGGAAAACACCAUGGCCAACUACACCCUCGUCCCCCAUGAGGUCAUGGAUCCCAGCAAAGGCCAGUUCAUGAGGAAAGGCAUCGUAGGAGACUGGAGGAACCACUUCUCCCCGCAGCAGAGCGCUCUCUUCGACAAGGUGUACCAGCAGGAGAUGGGAGACUGCGGCCUGAGCUUCCAGGGCCUCAUGGACUGA